AUGUCAAACGGUGAUGCUGGGCUUAGCUCGACUGUCACUCUUACAUCUGAGAAUCCCAUUAAAGUAGACGAACAGUGUGGGACAGCACUACCAAUAGCUAUUGUUGGAUAUGCUUGCCGUCUUCCCGGAAGCUGCCAUACCCCUCGGGACUUCUGGCGCUUUCUUGAGAGAGGAGAAAUUGCGAGCCUGGAGCCACCCAAAUCAAGAUUUCGACUUGACACUCACAAUGACGGUACGAGGAGACACGGAACCAUGGCUACUCCUGGCGGUAUGUUUCUGGAUAUUGAUGGCGCCGAUCUUGAUGCCCAGUUCUUCAAGCUUCUGCAAAGCGAUGCUAUUAGUAUGGAUCCACAGCAGCGACAACUUCUAGAGGUGACCUACGAAGCGAUGGAGAAUUCCGGCGUGACCCUGGAAGCUAUACGCCAACAGCCAAUUGGCUGUUUCAUGGCCUCAUAUACAGGUGAUUAUGGGGACAUACAGGCUCGGGACCCCGAAGAUCGAGCACCUCACGCGCUACUCGGUAUUGGUCGUGCUAUGCUCAGCAACCGUAUAAGUCAUUUUCUGGACAUCUCAGGCCCCAGUAUGACGAUAGAUACCGCUUGUUCCGGCAGUCUUACCUGUGUGGACGUUGCUUGUCAGUAUUUGAGAUCUGGCCAGAUAGAAGGCGCCAUUGUCGGGGGGUGUAAUCUAUAUCUUAACCCAGAUCAUGUCAUUGGAACCCCACCAUUGAGUGGGUUUUCAUCUGGGACUGGGAGAUGUCAUACAUUUGAUAUCAAAGCAGACGGCUACGUGAAAGCAGAAGGUGCUACUGUCAUAAUUUUGAAGCGUUUGGAUGUCGCCAUUAAAGACAGAGACCCGAUACGCGGUAUUAUCCGCGGAACGGCCUCGGGAAGUGAUGGCUGGACAGUUGGUAUCUCCAGCCCGAACUCAUUAGCUCAGGCAGCAACAAUUCGGAAGGCAGAUGAAAAUGCUCAGAUCACGAACUUCAACGCGACAAGUUAUCUGGAAUGCCACGGAACAGGAACAAAGGCAGGUGACGUCAUUGAGCUCACUGGAAUUGGUUCAGUCUUCUCUCAACGUGAUACACCUCUACACAUUGGAUCAAGCAAGGCAAAUGUAGGCCACUCUGAGGCCUCUGCAGGCUUGACUGGAAUGAUCAAGACCUUAAUGGCAAUUGAGCAUGGAGUCAUCCCUGGCAACCCUACCUUCAUUGACCCCAAUCCCGCAAUUGAUUUUCAAGCCCUUGGCGUGAAACCAUCUAGGUUCUCCAUCAGAUGGCCCGAUGUUCCGUUCCGACGAGCCGGCAUCAAUUCGUUCGGGUAUGGAGGCUCAAACGCGCAUGUAAUACUGGAUGAGGCAUCUCCAGGACUUAUCACAUCCCACGUUCGCUCCUUUCUUAUUGAUGAGGAUAAUCAAUUCGAGGAUGUGAGACCGGCCUCUCGGCCAUACAUUAUUUUUGUUUCCGCCAACGACCAAGAUUCUGCGCAUAGUAUCUGCUCCGCGCUGAGAAAGCAUCUCUCAAACCCUGCUGUACGUGUUGAGUUACGAGAUAUCGCUUACACACUCUCGGCUCGACGCAGUAAACAUUACUAUAGAGGGUAUGCAAUCGCCAAAAACCACAUGUUUAAGGUUCAGGACUUCAGAUUCGCCACGGCUUUACCGUCGCCCCCUCGCAUUGGACUCGUCUUUACAGGGCAAGGUGCACAAUGGAGCGAGAUGGGCAAAUCUCUCAUCGAAACCUUUCCCGUGGCCAAGAAGUGUAUACAUGAGCUUGAUGGUGUCCUCAGGACGCUGCCACACGGCCCGAGCUGGACUCUUUUGGAACCUCGUACGGCAGAGCAUAUGAGUCUUCCAGAAUACUCGCAACCUUUGGUCACAGCGUUACAACUUGCGCUCCUAGUCGUGCUAGAAUCUUCUGGUGUCACUUAUCAAGUGGUCGUAGGCCACUCGAGUGGUGAAAUAGCGGCAGCUGUAGCAAGUGGUAAUCUGACAAGAUCACAAGCAAUCAAGAUUGCCUUCUACCGAGGGCUAGUGGCCUCGAAUAGUGAGUCGAAUCAAGAAAUCGGGAUGCUUGCUGUGGGUAUGAGCUCCAAGCAAGCUCUCCAAUAUCUUCUGUCAACCAAACACGUCGAGAUUGCUUGCUUUAACAGCCCAUCGAGUGUCACACUCUCUGGAGACAAAAGAGAACUGGAAGAUCUAGAGCGUCAGAUAAAAACGGAUGGAUAUUUUGCACGAAUGCUAGUUGUCAAAGCUGCCUACCACUCGAGCUACAUGGCACAACCAGCGACCAAGUAUCAAAUAUUGAUGGAGAAACACUGCGACUGGACUGGCUCCUCCUACAAUACAGCAACGAUGUUCUCUACUGUUACCGGUAUGCCCAUCUCGGACGAGCUCCGAAGGCCAAGCUACUGGGCCGACAACAUGAGAUCACCAGUUCUUUUCGACCAGGCAGCUCAUAUGGCCCUGCAGGAGACACCAGAUAUCCUGGUGGAGAUAGGCCCAAGUGAUGCUCUUGCUGGUCCAUGUAAGCAGAUCAUGAAGUCCCUCAAUCAGUCUAUCCUAUACUUCUCCUCAUGGAAGAGGGGCGCUUUGGCCCUUACGACACUAUGUGAUCUUCUUGGGAACCUGGCCAUACGUGGAUGUAGCGUGAAUCUUACCAAAUUUAAUGCCGACUCUGAAAGGACUAAACCGCGUGUUGUGGUUGACCUUCCUAAUUAUGCUUGGAAUCACACUACGAAAUAUUGGCACGAGAAUGAUUCUAGCAAGGACUGGAGAUUCCGAAAAUUCCUCCAUCAUGAUAUCUUGGGCAGCAAAGUACUUGGAACGCCUUGGAUGCAGCCAGUGUGGAGAAAGGUUAUCAGAUUGAAAGAAUUACCUUGGCUGGAAGACCACAAGAUUGCCAAUAACGUUGUGUUUCCAGCGGCUGGCUAUAUCGCGAUGGCUACUGAAGCCAUGUUUCAAUUGGGGAAGGCUACGGGCGUACUAGCAGACUCAACACAGAUACGACAAGCGACAUAUCUAUUGCGGAACAUCACAAUUGAAAGAGCACUCAUUCUUGAUGUCCAAGGAGCACCGGCAAAAGUUACAUUAUCCUUGUCCCCUCUCCAAAGCAAUAAAGAGCAUUGGUACAAGCUUCGAAUCUCAACUGUUGUUGAUGAUUUCCUCUUUGACCACUGCAAAGGCUUGAUACGUAUAAUCGGGGAUGUCACUAAGAGAGGCAGUGACGAGGAAACAAGUCCUCUGGAGCAUGCUGAGCCGGCUACAGUGUGGUAUAAAGCUUUACAAAACAAAGGCUUUCAAUAUGGACCAUUGUUUCAGACACAGCGUCACGUGGAGUCCAGAGAGGGCAUACCACGAAGUCGGUCCACGAUAUCAUUGGUACCUCCUGAAUCUGAUUUUGGUCAAUCUGAGUAUAUCCUCCAUCCAGCUUCUAUCGAUGGAUGUCUGCAGUUAGUGGCUCCGGCUCUAUGGCAUGGAGUGAAGAGUUUCACUAGCCCAGCCAUUAUACCCUCCAAAGUAGACGAAAUCCUCAUACCUGCACAGGCUACCAGAUCGAACACAGGUAUAGCUGUGGCCGACACCAAAUACAUGGGGGUUGGUAGCCAAAGCGAUCCAAGAGCACACAGGUCUAAUGUAUCAUUAUAUGAUUCUGAGGGAGGUAGUCUCCUCUUUCGCAUUACUGGAUUAGAGGUACAAGCUCACUCUUCAACGGACACAACAUCCUCCCAGCCUAUACAGCAAUACUGUCGGUCUACGUGGCAACCAGAUGUAACAACAUUCUCUCGGGAGCAGCUUCGCAGUGUUUUGAUCCGAAACAAAUCGGACAAUUCACAAAUAUGUAAACCAACGUGGAGAACUAUAUACACAUUGCUCGACCUUUUCGUGUUCCGGAAUCCUGAUCUUCAAGUCUUAGAGGUAGAUACAAAAGGUGAACACAACAGCCUUUGGAUUGAACGUCAAGAAACUCAGCUCAACGUUCACUCGCAAAGCUGUUCUGUCACCUUGUCGGUGCCAGGGGAUGCGUGGACCCGAACGAGCAGUAUCUACGAAAAAUAUCCUUCGGUUUCAGUGAUUACAAGCGCAAACCCGGUCUCACCACUGAUGUUACAGAAACAGUUUGAUGUUAUCAUUCUUCGUUCGCCGCUCUCCACCGUAGAUGCAACUUUUUUCUCAGAUGAAUGGGGUAAAAUGCUGCGUGAGAACGGCAUUUUCCUCCAAGUUGGGCAAAUAGACGACUCGAAUCGCCCUCCUCAUCACAUUACAAAUGGACAUUCCUCUUUCGCGUCUUACAAAAACAUGGAACUCAACUUUGAAUCGAUACAUACUGAUAGCAAAGUACAGAAGGAGUGCGCUCUUAAAAUCGCUUUCAGAAAUUCUCGAGCGCCACUGACAGACCGCAAUAUACACAUCCUACAGCUUGCCCAAUCGCAAGCAAUAGUCGAGCCCGUAGCUGAAGCUCUGAAAAAUCUGGGAUGGAAUAUUAGUAGUUCACCGGCAUCUGUCGAGUCAUUGGAACCCAACAGCACAGUUCUCAUACUCGAUGAAAUAUUGAACAACCUCUUAUUUGAGGUCAAUGACGUACAAUGGACUAUUUUACAGCAACUGGUGUCCAUGAAUUGCAAAAUACUCUGGGUAACGAGAAAAGCACAAAUGAAUGUCAAAAACCCAUCAGCAGCAUUAAUUUGGGGCCUUUCUCGAUCAAUUAGACAAGAGAACCCUGAAAAUGUGCUGAUGACCUUGGACGUUGAGUCAGUUUCUGAUGAAACUACAGCCAGGGCAAUCAGUGAGGUACUCCACAGGGUAAAGGUCUCAACGGGAUCUAUGGGUGCCGACUGUGAGUUCGUGGAGAAAGACGGUAUGCUGCAUAUUGAGAGGAUAGUACAAGAUGAUGUCUUGGCGUCGUUCCAGAAGUGCCGUGAGGCUGGGAUGGAACUGACUGACCAGUCAUUGUUUGACAUUGACGCUUACGUCCGUCUCAUCAGUAGUCGUGUUGGUACACUUGACAGUCUUUCUUGGGAGGAAGUGACACAAUGGCAAACACCACUCGCUGACAAUGAUGUGGAAGUUGACGUUCAUGCUGUUGGACUAAACUUCAAAGAUAUCGCAAUUGCCAUGGGCAUUGUCGCAGGAGAUCAACGAAUGCUUGGUCUUGAGGGCGCUGGUGUCAUAAAAAAGAUCGGCAAAGUAGUGUCAAAUCUGCACGUCGGGCAAAGAGUUCUCCUUAACAAGAAAGGUACCCUGGCGAACAAAUUGCGAUGUGGUUCUUUCGGGGAAGCCUAUCCCAUACCGGACUGGCUGUCAUUUGAGGCUGCAGCUUGCUGCAAUGUUGUUUACAGCACGGUCAUAUACAGUCUUGUCGACCUUGCAGGGCUUCAGAGGGGACAGUCCGUCUUGAUUCACUCAGCCGCAGGUGGCAUCGGCCUAGCAGCUAUCUCGUUUUGUAAGUAUAUUGGUGCGAACAUGUACUGCACUGUUGGUAACAACGAGAAACGGGCGUACCUGACAAAGCAUCACGGGAUCCCUGAGGACCAUAUAUUUUCUUCUCGUUCGACUGACUUCACGAAAAGUCUCAUGAAGAUCACCAAUUACCGCGGGGUAGAUUGUAUACUAAACUCACUUUCCGGUGAGCUACUACAUGAAUCUUGGCGCUGCAUUGCCACCUCAGGAACCUUCGUUGAGAUUGGAAAACGAGACAUUUUGGACAAGAACCAUUUGAGCAUGGAGCCUUUUGGGCGGAAUGCCUCAUAUCGCGCAGUGGAUAUGUCGAAUGAUUGCUUUAGACCAGAGACGAGGCUCAGAUUGAUGACACAAUGGCUCUCGCUUUUAGAGCAAGGUCUCAUCGAAAUACCGCCCAUAACAAAGAGAUUUGGAUUCAACGACGUCCAUGCCGCCUUCCGGCACAUGAGAAGCGGAAAUAACAUUGGAAAGACUGUCUUAACACGCAAUGAAUCAUUUGGAGAUGUUCAUGUACCGAUCCGGCCCGCUGUUCCAAGACUACCUCUCAACCCUGAUGCCGCCUAUCUCAUAGUCGGAGGCCUGAAGGGCGUAUGUGGUAGUCUAUCGCUCUACCUUGCACGGGAGGGAGCCAAAAAUCUUAUAAUUCUCUCCCGCACCAACUGCACAGACCAAGUCUCGCAGCGUGUAGUUGCAAAUCUGAGAUCUCUUAGAACGAACAUUAUACUAGUGAGAGGUGACGUUACGGUAAAGAAGGACGUAGUACGGGCCAUCCGUUCGUCGCCUCUCCCUGUGGCAGGGGUAGUUCAAGGUGCCAUGGUGCUUCAGGACAAGGUAUAUAGUACCAUGACUAGUCGGGACUUUCAUACCGCGGUGAGGCCCAAAGUUCAAGGAUCGUGGAACAUCCACGAAGCGCUACUUGAAACUGCAUGUGUCGUCGAUUUUUUCACCAUGCUUUCGAGCAUGACCGGCGUUUUUGGGGCGCCAGGGCAAGCCAACUAUAGUGCCGCAAACGUAUUCCUAGAUGCGUUUGCCGCAUAUAGGACUGGUCUCGGUCUUGCAGCACACUCAAUUGAUCUGGGAAUAAUUGAAGGCGUCGGCACUUUCAACACAGAAGAGCGGGAAACCCAGUACCGCCGGUUUCUCUACCAAGGCUGGAGGUGCCUUGACCAGCGUGCGCUGUGCGACGUCCUCGCGCUUUCAAUUUUCCAGCAAAGCAAGACUCCCAUAAAUGUGAAUAGUGGGUCUCAGCUUAUUACAGGGAUUCCUAUUCCCAUCCCGGAUACUUUGCCAGCGCGGAACCAUACACGCUUUAAUGCCCUCACAGUAAAAUUAUCACAAUCAUUUCACAGUGCGGCAGUCAAGUCGGAAGACUCGCCUCUAGCGACACUUCGAGCUACGAUAAAUUCCCCCACUGCCUCGAACAAUCGUACACUUCUUCUGGAAUUGAUUGUAACGCUUGCAAACGGAAAAUUCAAGGAAUGUUUGGGACUUGAGGAGGCCCUCGAUCCUGUGCGACCUCUUGCUUCGUAUGGUAUAGACUCCCUUGUCGCUGUAGAAUUCUCCAACUGGAGUAAGAUGGAAUUGGGGAUUGAGGUCACAACGGUGGAGAUAAUCGCGGCUCAAACUCUGACGUCGCUUUCGGAGACGAUGUUAAAGAAGGCAUUAGGGAAAGUAUAG